GUAAACCCAACAGAGUGUGACAGCCGAUGGUAAACAAGUCUAACCUCAAAGAAAACGUUUUCUUUCAUUCAUGAAAACAUUUUUUAACUUCUAAAAACUACCGUACAGUAGAAAAUUUAUUUGUAGUAUAAUAGUAGUAAUCAGGUAACUUAAAAUGGCCAGAAACGCGGAAAAGGCUAUGACAACUUUGGCCCGCUGGCGCGCCGCCCAGCUCGGCGAAAUCGACAAGCACAAGCGGCGCCGCCCCCACUUGGCCUCCGAAUGCAAAAGUCUCUACGCUUGCGAGAAAUGGCGCAUGCAAAUAAUCCGCGAAAUCGCGAAAAAAGUCGCCCAAAUUCAGAACGCCGGCCUUGGCGAGUUUCGAAUCCGCGACCUCAACGACGAAAUCAACAAACUGUUGCGCGAGAAGCGCCACUGGGAGGACCAGAUCAAGGAUUUGGGGGGCCCGGACUACCAGCGCACCGGGCCCCGGAUGCUGGAUCACGAGGGAAAAGAAGUGCCAGGAAAUCGGGGGUACAAGUACUUUGGGGCGGCUAAAGAACUGCCAGGAGUCCGGGAAUUGUUUGAGCAAGAGCCACCGCCUCCGCCGCGGAAAACAAGGGCGGAGAUGAUGAAAGAUAUCGAUGCGGACUACUACGGGUAUAUGGACGACGAUGACGGUAUACUCAUACCUUUGGAGAUGGCGGCUGAAAAAACAUCCAUUCAGAAAGUUAUUGCCGAAUGGAAGGAGAAGAAGGAACGCCAAAUGACACACGAUGAAGAGGAGGAAAUGCCCGAAGAGGAGCACAUUUACGCAGUCGAGGAUUCGGAUGACGAAGACGUGGAGAAGAAGAAAGCCGAAGGCGACCAGAAAUUCAUAGCUCAUGUGCCUGUGCCAAGUCAACAGGAAGUAGAGCAAGCGCUACUAAGGAGACGGAAACAAGAAUUGUUGGAAAAAUACGGGGUGCAGGAACAAAAUCAAUCAUUAUGAUUGGCUUAGCUCUAAUAAACACUUACCUUAUUUUCGUAA